UGCACAAAGCCCUGGCCAAGCAAAACCCUUUGUUGUCCUCCUGUUUAGUCUCUCUACAGCCAAAGCCCAGAAUCAGCAGUGCCAACAGUUGAAGGAAAAGUGCCCACCCAGCAAAAGCCCUAAGUCCUCCAUUGUGUGUCCUUUGUGUGGCAAGCCUCGCGAUACUUUCCGGCACGGCCCCGGACGUAUAUAUUGAGGUGUCCAACUUUUUUACUGUUACACUUUACUUGUGGGCCAGGUUGGACAGUAUCCAGUGGAAAAUGUCGCAGUAUUCUGGAAAGAUCACCUUCUACGAGGGAAAAUGCUUCACCGGCAGGCAGCUGGAGGUCAGGGGCGACUGCGAUAACUUCCAGGACCGAGGCUUCAUGAACCGCGUCAACUCCAUCCGUGUGGAGAGCGGCGCCUUCUGCUGCUUUGACCACCCCGACUUCAAGGGACAGCAGUACAUCCUGGAGCACGGCGAGUACCCCGAGUUCCAGCGUUGGAACAGCCACAACGACCAUAUGGGCUCCUGCAAGCCCAUCAAGAUGCACGGUGAGCACUACAGAAUGGAACUGUUCGAGGCCUGUAACUUCUCUGGCCAGUGUGUGGAGAUCUGUGAUGACUGCCCAUUCCUGCAGAGCCGUGGCUUCAGCAAGAGCUGCAUCAACUCCAUCAAGGUCUACGGAGACGGAGCCUGGGUGAUGUACGAGGAGCCUAACUUCCGCGGCCGCAUGUACAUCGUGGAGAGAGGAGACUACUGCAGUCACAACGAGUGGCAGGCCGAGGACCCCAACAUCCAGUCCAUCCGUAGGGUGGUCAACUACUUCUAAACCUCUUCCCCUGUCCCGCCCCAGACCCCGCAUGGACUGUGACUUUCACCAUUCUAGAAAUGUACAAUAAAAAAAUACAUUUAAAAAACAUAAUACCAAAUGUAUUUUUAUCGAA